AUGCCACCGAAGGCGCUGGGCUGUCGAGGUUCGCCGAGCGCGGCGCAGUCGGGGGAAGCCGCCACCAACGAGCACGUUGGACUUUUCACUCCGGACAAAGACGGCGGCACGCACACGAGCUGCGGCCGUGCCGCCGUCAUAGUGGCGAGGCGCGGGACCGUCUGUGGCGAAGUGGGUCUCACGGCGCCGCCGAUGCGGGUCGAGUUUGAGCUUGGCGGGCACGCGCUGCUGCCGACAGGGCGGCCGGAGGAGGAGGGGCUGAGGCUGGGAGACCGACCGCUCCGUGCGACGAUCGUCGACGUGGCCGGGAACCCGCAGGUGCUUGUGCGCGCCGUGGAGGGCGGGCUGAGAGGGGACGAGGCGGCGGAGGAGGCGACCGCCGCUGUCGUGUGGGAAGCGGUGGAUGCGCUGCUCGACGAGGCGGCGGGGCGGGUGGGCCUAAAAGCGCGGCCGUCGGGGAUGCGGCUGCUCUGGCUGAGCGCUCGCCGCGACCACUGCUUGGCGGGGGGCGGGGCCGUCGCUGCCGCAGAGUGCGACCUCAUCUCCCGCGUCUCGGCAGGCAGCCGCGUCCACCACGCGCACACGGGCACCGCACUCGCGCUCGCAUGCGCAGCAGCCGUCCCGGGCACCGUCGCACACGAGCUUGUUCGCGGCGGCGGCGGCGGAGGUUGCGGCGGCGGCGCGGAGCUUCGGAUUGCGCACCCCCAAGGCGUGAUGCGCGUGCAUGCGAGCGUGGGGCGCGACGCGGACGGGCGGCAUGUGGCGCACAGCGCAGGGAUGGUGAGGACAGCGCGUUAUUUGAUGGUGGGCGAGGUCGUUGUGUAGUGCCUGGGA